AUGUUGCGGUGUGACUCGGGGUGGUACGCCGUCGCGGGGAAGGCGAACUGCACGCAGUGCGCGCCGGGGUACGCGUGCCCGAACGCGGACGGGACGUCCAUCGAGCAGUGCGUCGCGGGGACGUUCGCCGCCGCGGGAAGCGCGCAGUGCACGUCCUGCCCGCCCGGGUUCGCGUGCCCGGACACGACGGACAUCAGCGCGAUGACGUCUUGCGCGGCGGGGACGUACAGCGCGGGCGGGUUAGCCGCCUGCGCGGAGUGUCCGGUGGGGUAUUACGGACCGAACGCCGGCGCGGUGAGCCUCGCGGCGGGGUGCGUCGCGUGCGGGAAGGGGUACUACAGCAACGUCACCGCGGCGACGAGCGCGGCGACGUGCGUCGUGUGCCCGGUGGACACGUACUGUCCGCUGGAGGGGAACGAGCUCCCGACGGCGUGCGGCUCCGGGUUGAGCACGUUCGGGGCGACCGGGGGGACGAGCGCGGGCGCGUGCACGACGGCGCCGCCGCCGCCGCCGCCGCCGAGCCCGCCGCCGCCGCCGCCGUCGCCGCCGCCGCCGCCGGUGCCGCCCGCGCUCGCCGCGGGCGUGACGCCGCCGACGAUGAAAGUCUCCAUCGACGGCACCGUCGCCGCGUUCGACGCGACCGCGGAGGCGACGUUCAAGGCUGGCGUCGCCGCGAGCGCGGGCGGAGGGUCCGUCGCGGCCGACGUCGUCAUCACGGCGGUCACCUCCGGUUCCGUGAUUCUAGACUUUUACGUGAACAACGCGGCGCUGUUCCCGGUCGCCCUCGGCGGCGGCUGGAACACGACGGAGCUGACGCGCGUGACGACCGCGAUCAACGCCGCGAUCACCGCGGGGACGUUGUCCGUCGGCGCGACCGUGCUGUCCGCCGCGGUGUCGUCCGAUUGCCCCGCGGGGACGUACGUGUACUCCACGACGGGCGGGACCAACGUCUGCGAGCUGUGCGCGACGGGGACCUACUCCUCCGUCGCGAACGCGGCGAUGUGCACGCCGUGCGCGCUCGGCACCGCGGCGGCGUCGCGAGGCGCGACGUCGUGCGCCGCGUGCCUCGCCGGGUACGUCGCCGCCGCGCUCGGGACGGACGUCUGCGCCGCGUGCCCGGCGGGGACGAUUCAACCGGCGACGGGGCAAUCCGCGUGCGUCGACUGCGACGAUUACUUCUUCUCCGCGGCCGCCGCGUCGACGACGUGCGUCGCGUGCCCGGCGACGUACCUCUCCGGUCCGUCCGCGUGGGUCGCGGAGACGCCGCGGAUGCGCGCGGACGGCGCGCUCACGGCCGCGGUGGACGACGCGGUGAACCGCCGCGGGUGCAUCCCGAACGUCACCGUGUACGAAUUCGUCCCGGACGCGGAGGCGAGCACGACGGUCGCGCUCGGGAUGCAGCACGCCUACAUCGCCGCCGCGGCGUUCGCCGCGACGUUGCUCGUGAUGUGUUACAUGGGGUACGGGCACUGGAGAGAGCAGAGGCUGUUGCUCAAGUACGCGGGCGGGGAUUCGUUCUACGAGAUGGUGAUGCCGAACAACGAAGACGAGGACCGACGCGGCGUCGUCGUGCAGACGGAGAAGGCGGACAUCCUCGGCAUCUCCGAAGCGAUACAGACCGGGCACAUCGACGACGCGGAGCUCGUCAUCGGAAGAAUAUUAGAACGCGACGCUUCGCAGUCCGAAGCGUUGCACGCGAUGGCGGUGAUCCACGCGAUGUACGGCGAGUUCGACGACGCGAUGAAGGCGCUGACCGCGGCGGAGAAGAAACAGUCGCGGUCGCAUUACGAGAACACGCGCGGGGUUUUGUUAACCCGGAUGGGGAAGUACGACGCCGCCGUGCAAGCGUUCGAGGUUGCGAUUCGAAAAGACCAGCUGUUCGCGGUCGCCUACGCGAACUUGGGCGUCGCGCACAUGCUCGAAGGGAACUUCGAAGCCGCGACGAAGGCGUUCAACGCCGCGCUCGAGAAGGAGGAGUUUUUCUUCAAGCCGCGGUAUAAUCUCGGUCUCCUCUGCGCGAAGACUGGGCGCAUGCACGACGCGAAGAAGCACUUCAAGGAGUCCGCGGAGCUGAAGCAUCGCUCGUUGGAGUCGCACUUCAACUUGGGGAUGCUCUACGCGCGCGAUAACGCGAUCGACGCCGCGGAGAAGUGCUUCGAGAAGUGCCUCGACAUCGACGCGAAGC